AUGUAUCUAUACGCACCUUCGAACGGCCUGAACCUAUCAUCGUUUACGGAGUCGGAUGCGGCGUUCCGGAGAGCCUUUGAUGGCGGCCUAGCCUUUGUAUCGGCACCACAACGCCUUACGGCCAACAUCUCCCUGGGUAUGAAGUUGUCGAGUACAAGGACGUUCUUCACUUCUUGUGUAGUAAACUUGACAGAGGAUGGUUGGGAUUGCUGA